AUGCAGUCAGCCUACGACUAUUCCGUUGCCAUGUCUCACCAGGUGCCUUUCACCUAUGAGGACCUGGACAUGUACACCUCCUCGAUGAUCACCGGACCACACCAGUACUAUGUGCACGAGCCAUGCGUGCAGGCGCACCAACUUCACUACAACGUCGACUUCGACUUUGACUCGGUGCCUUACGGGGCACCCUCCGUUGGUCCUUUAUCGCAGGACUGGGCUCCAGAACUCACUUCGCUGGACCUUCCACCGUUCUUCGAAGACUUCGAGCGCUUCAUAGACUCGGCGUACGCUCAGCUCCAGGCCCCCGACCACGAAGCGCCUCCUCGUCCAGCCCGCUCAACUAUCGACCUGCCUCCCGCCCUCAGCCCUCCUGUCUCCGGCCAAGGAUCAUCAACCCGUCCUCCCAAGGGGUCCCGCACCGCCCACGCGCGCCCUGCACCCACAUCUCCCGUGGACGCGGACCUCCAACCCAUACAAGUCUCCUCCCCCAACGACACUUAUCCCUGUCCCAUCCCGGGCUGCGGCGCCGCGCUCGCGUACAAAGACUCGGCCUGGCGCCGCCACUUCAAGACCGUCCACCACGCCGCGCUGUGCUCCACCUGCCCCGCGUCGGGCGCGGGGUCGCCGUGCAUGGCGCGCUGCCCGGUCCCCGGCUGCCCCGACGCCCACGGCGCGUCCGGCGGCCGGCGGCGGAGCGAGGACGGGACGAUGACGCUCGACAGCCUCGGGCGGCACUGGCUGAACGUGCACAUCGGCGUCGUCUUCCGCUGCCCGCUGUGCGGGCACGAGGGGAUGAUGCGCGAGUCCGCGGCGACGCGGCACGUGCGGAGCUGCGCGCAGAGGCGGCGCGCUGGCGGCACGCGGGCGGCGACGCACUAG